CGGCCGGCAUCAUCGUGCGGCGCCCCGGUGUGGACUGGGUUCUCUUCCUACGGGGCCGUAUCCUGCCCCGUACUGCAGCCGGUCUCUGGCCCGAGACCGCGCAGCCCUUGCGGGAUCCAGCAGUGCGGGGGCGUGCUGAGCCGGGGAGGCGUGGCCCGAGCAGAGGCGGUGGCCGAAGAGGGCUUCUCCGCAGCCUCCCGGCCCCGCGGACGGUUCAGACCAUGACACCCGAAGAAUGGACAUAUCUAGUGGUCCUCCUUAUCUCCAUCCCCAUCGGCUUCCUCUUUAAGAAAGCUGGACCUGGGCUGAAGAGAUGGGGGGCAGCAGCUGUGGGCCUGGGGCUCACCUUAUUCACCUGUGGCCCCCACACUUUGCAUUCUCUGAUUACCAUCUUGGGAACCUGGGCCCUCAUUCAGGCCCAGCCCUGCUCCUGUCAUGCCCUGGCUCUUGCAUGGACCUUCUCCUAUCUCCUCUUCUUCCGAGCCCUCAGCCUGCUGGGCCUGCCCACUCCCACGCCCUUCACCAAUGCGGUCCAGCUGCUGUUGACACUGAAGCUGGUGAGUCUGGCCAGUGAAGUCCAGGACCUGCAUCUGGCUCAGAGAAAGGAAAUCGCCUCCGGCUUCAGCAAGGAGCCUACCUUGGGCCUCCUGCCAGAUGUCCCCUCUUUGAUAGAGACACUUAGCUACAGCUACUGCUAUGUGGGAAUCAUGACAGGCCCAUUCUUCCGCUACCGCACCUACCUGGAUUGGCUGGAACAGCCCUUCCCGGGAGCCGUGCCCAGCCUGAGGCCCCUGCUGCGCCGCGCCUGGCCGGCCCCGCUCUUUGGCCUGCUCUUCCUGCUGUCCUCCCAUCUCUUCCCGCUGGAAGCUGUGCGUGAGGACGCCUUCUACGCCCGCCCGCUGCCCACCCGCCUCUUCUACAUGAUCCCGGUCUUCUUCGCCUUUCGCAUGCGCUUCUACGUGGCCUGGAUUGCGGCCGAAUGCGGUUGCAUUGCCGCGGGCUUCGGGGCCUACCCCGUGGCUGCCAAAGCCCGGGCCGGGGGUGGCCCCACCCUCCAAUGCCCAACCCCCAGCAGUCCGGAGAACGCAGCUUCCCUGGAGUAUGACUAUGAGACCGUCCGUAACAUCGACUGCUAUAGCACAGACUUCUGCGUGCGGGUGCGGGAUGGCAUGCGGUACUGGAACAUGACGGUGCAGUGGUGGCUGGCGCAGUACAUCUACAAGAGCGCACCUUUCCGCUCCUACGUUCUGAGGAGCGCCUGGACUAUGUUGUUGAGCGCCUACUGGCAUGGCCUCCAUCCUGGCUACUACCUAAGCUUCAUGACCAUCCCGCUGUGCCUGGCCGCUGAGGGCUAUUUGGAGUCAGCCUUGCGGAGACAUCUGAGCCCCAGGGGCCAGCAAGCCUGGGACUGGGUGCACUGGUUCCUGAAGAUGCGUGCCUACGACUACAUGUGCAUGGGCUUUGUCCUCCUUUCCAUGGGUGACACACUCCGGUACUGGGCCUCCAUCUACUACUGGAUCCACUUUCUAGCCCUGGCCUGCCUGGGGCUGGGGCUAGCUUUGGGUGGGGGCAGCCCCAGCAAGAGGAAGACAGCAUCCCAGGCCACCGUCAGCCAAGCCAGGGAAAAGCUCCGGGAAGAGUGAGGGAGCUGUGCUGUGCUGGCCUCCCAGCAGGCCACCUCAGGCUUUGUUUGGGAAUUCCGUGAACCAGGCUAUGUUCUCCUUUACCCAGCAAGCAUCCUUGUUUGGCUAGGAGCCUGGAGAGGAUUCCUUCUUCCCAGCUAACCCCCUGCCUCUGACUUAAAGCUAGAGGUACCCUUCUCCCAGGUGCUCACCGCAUUCUGAUUUUUCCUUUUCCAAACCUCCCUCUGCUGACGUCAGGGUAUUACUGUCCACUCUGGUCCCUGUCUCUCCAGCAGUCUUCAGGUAUUCAAAAGUGCCACUCUUCCCAGAAUGCAAGGGCAAGGCAAGGGCCAGUGGUCAUGUGGCAUCUUGGACAAGGUCCCAGUGGGUUCCCAGUAUUGGGGUAAGAGCCUCAGGGCCAGGUUCUGGGAAAGGGGAGGAACAUCCUUCCUGUUUUAUUCUUGGCUUUUAUCAUCAAAUCAGUAUUUCAGCGACCAUGAUCUUACACACCCUGAAGGAGAAAAACCGAGGUGUAAGUAAGCAGCCCCAGGGGAACAUGCUCCUACAGUAGCUUCUGUCCGAGCCGUUUCUGGACCUCCACACAACCCGCCACCCAGUGUCAUCCUUGGCCUGUGACAGGUCAGAAUGUGUAAAUCUUCCCCAAUAAAGUGUUACAC